CUUUCACGCUCCUAAACUUUCUUCGUAUUCAUCAUUCAUAAAUUCUAACGUGAAGUUUCUGUUUUUAAUCAUUGCGUUAAAUAAUUUAACACAAGUCUUAAUUUAAUCAUUAGCUUCGGCUAAGCAUUUUUCCUUUCGGACUGCAGUUUUGCUUCUCUGUCUAUGGAUUGUAUACGUCUUGCACAUAAACUGUUUGAUAAAUUGUCUCUGAGGAACAUUUUACCUUUCCUUUUCUGAAUAACAUAUAAAUUGGCGUAUAGACCGAUUAUUUACUCUAAUUGAUCAUGUUUUCUCUUAACGAAUGGUAGAGAAGAGUAUGAGAAGCAGCUUGGGGAGCUUAAAGAACGUGCUGGCUGAUGCAGCCAUUAAAGGAGUUACUGAGGCCAGGGCCAAGAUUUUUGGUCACGUGCUGAACCCUACUGGGCAAAGGUCUCCUCACAAGAUACUGCGCAAGAAGUUGAUUGGGGAUAAGGUGGCUGCCUGGUAUCCACAUGACAUCAAACAUGACGAUCCACUCAUCAUGGCCCGUGAAGAGCAAGAGCGGCUGAACAAACUUGAGAUGCUCAAGCGUCGUGGUAAGGGGCCACCUAAGAAAGGACAAGGAAAGCGUGCUAAAAAGAGCAGCAGAGGGUAAUUAUCAGCAGCUUGUAGCUGAAAGUACUCCAUAUGUUACGUUUCGGAUUUCUGAAUGGCAAGAGCCUUUACCUUUUAAAGUAUUCUUGGGAUGUUAAUGUUUGUGAUGUUUAGAAUGUUCUAAUUAUAUGAUUUCCUAUGUACUCUGCUGGGCAUGUUUUGAUGGAUUUAGAUGAUGAAGAAGUUGAUUCUAGUGUUUUGCAUGAGUUAGGGGUGCAAACUUAGAUGAUAUAAUAACAGUGUUUGACUAGCUUAUAGGUAGGCUAAAAAAGACCCUUAAUUGAAAACUGUAGAGGUAUUUGAAAUAAACUCAUUUUUAACCAAAAAAGC